AUGGUGACGUGCUUCCCUCCCGUCGGGGAUCCGUCCUCGAUCGGACCGCUCUAUAUCCUUCAUUUCGCAACGUCCAACCAUGCUUUUCGUUUGCCGGACUUCCUCGCUGCCGCCGAGUAUCUGCGAAUACCUUUUGCUUUUGUACCGACGCCUUCGAGGCCAAUUCUAGAGCAAAGCCGCAAGGAGCAUGAUGCAACGGACGCCGCUUCAUCAUCAACCUACAGACCAGAUCUUCGAAGACCGUUCGCACUCGCCCAUCUGCCAAACGACGAGGCAGCCGUCAAGUUGCUUCGCCGCUGCGUAUCGCUCAGGUCCAUCUGGGCUCACUGGUCGCACGGAGGUACCUACGACGAGCUGCAUGCACGCAACCAGCAAGAGUCGAGUAGAGCGCUUUGGGCACCAUACGUCGAGGAAGCCGACUGCCCUUCGUGGAAGGCGCACGUGUUUUCGUACAGCUACACGAUCAGCGAUACGCGCAAGAUCGACAUCAUCCAGAGCUUCAGCUAUAUGGAUCUGAAGGGACGUAUCCAGCUCAAGAAUCCGUCGAUGCGAUGGGGCGUUAUGGAGGAGUUUAUCGCGCAAGAGCUUUGGCCGACUCAUCUGCGUGACGAACACAACAACUUUCCAGGAGCAGGCAAGCAGACCGACAAAGUCGAAGGCAGGGACGAGCUCGGCGACAAAGAUCCCCGCUUGGUGCAGAUCUUUCUUGGACGGCGCAUCGACGUCAAGGCUGGUCCACUCUACUCGGACAAGUUGGCGCCUGCGGCGCCGAGAAAGUCGAGCGACCCCGCGCAAGAGGGACAGACGGGACUCGCUAGGGAUCUGGUCGAGAAGCUCAAUCUCAAAAAAAGGGUUUACAUCGGCAAUACUUCGAUGGAGUCCGAGAUGAGUCUGCUGAUGGCGAGCAUGGCGCUGGCUGGACCGGGCAAGCUGAUCUACGACCCUUUCGCUGGAACCGGAUCGAUGCUCUACGCCAGCGCCGUGUAUGGUGCUAUGGCCUUUGGCAGCGACAUCGAUGGCAGACCGAUGCGUGGCAAGGACAACAUCAGCGACUGUAGCAGCAAGACGGGCGUUGUCAAGAGCGCCACGCAAUAUGGCAUUCGUGAUCACAUUCUCGACACCGUCGUUUUCGACAUGACGCAGGCUCCGUGGCGCAAAGACCUCCUCUUUCCUUUGGACAGUGAAGACCCCCAAAGAACUUCGAAGUCGUCCGUCGGUAUCGUCGACGGAAUCGUAGCGGAUCCGCCCUACGGUGUCCGAGCUGGUGCCAAGCGUCUGGGCAAGCGAGAUCCGGAAAAGCAGAGGCUAGAAGGCUUCUGGAUGCCAGAUGGCCUCGGUCCAGGGCAAGGUUGCUGGUCUCACGAGCGCUCCGAUUAUGUUCCGCCAACGCGACCAUACCACCUGGAAGAUCUCGUCAACGAUCUGCUCGACUAUGCCUACGGCCUUCUCUGCGAUGGCGGAAGGUUGGUCUUCUGGUUGCCGUCCAUGAUCGAUGCAGAGGACGACCAAGCGGACGAUGGGGAUGAGAAAGCGGGCUAUCCGAAAUCAUCUGCCGCCAUCGAAAGAUCGGUCAGCAUCGAUCUGCCCCAGCACCGCCGCAAGGCAGGGCAGGGACGCAUGCGUAUGAUUCACUACUCGCUGCAGGACUUUGGAAGGUGGGGACGCUGGCUCAUCACCAUGGAGAAGGUGUCGCCUGAGAACGACGUGGACGACGAUGGUCUUCGAGAGUUGGAAGAGAGGCUGGGCGAGCUUGGCAAGAACAAGGACGAGCGCGGAAUCUAUCGGGCUGACCGGGACCCGCUCGAGUUUCGCAAUCGGUACUACCUGCCUCGAGCAUCCAAGCCGACAUAG